AUGUAUCUCAAUAGACUACCCUCAAGAUCUAUUCCUAGUCGAUCAAUCAAUCAGAUAUCUCGUGCAGUAGCGAGUUCUCCUAAGACCCGGCUGGGAUUCCUUGGAUCGUAUCAAAAUAGUGUAAAAACUAAUCAGGUAAGAUGUUUACGCCCGUUUUCAUCAACAAUGCGGUCACGACUACGCGAUUACUUUCCAGAAGAGGAUCAUGAGCAUAUUAAGAAGACUGAGGCUGCUUGGCCACAUCCAAACUACCCUAAAGAGCAGAUGCUAACAAACAUAUCAUAUGCCCACCGGACCCCUAAGGACUUCUCAGAUCGCAUAGCCCUUUACUUAGUACGAUUCCUCCGCUUUAGCACUGAUCUUGCAACGGGAUAUAAGCACGACCCUGUCACCAUUAAGGAAAAUGGUGAAAAAGUUCUGACAAAGCCAUAUCGUAUGAGCGAGCGCAAGUGGCUUAUUCGAAUGGUAUUUCUUGAAUCAGUCGCAGGAGUUCCGGGUAUGGUAGCUGGAAUGCUAAGACAUUUACACUCACUUCGACGACUAAAGCGUGACAAUGGCUGGAUCGAAACUCUUCUCGAAGAAGCUUACAACGAACGAAUGCAUCUGCUGACUUUCCUCAAAAUGGCAAAGCCAGGCUGGUUCAUGAAAUUUAUGAUAAUAGGCGCACAAGGGGUCUUUUUCAAUAGCAUGUUCCUUUCAUACCUCAUUUCACCCCGUACAUGUCACCGAUUCGUCGCAUAUCUCGAAGAAGAGGCUGUUCUCACCUAUUCUACUGCUAUUCAGGAUAUAGAAGCAGGAUUACUUCCCAAAUGGACCAACCCAGAAUUUCGGAUUCCUGAUCUUGCAGUUAACUACUGGAAGAUACCUGAAGGAAAUCGGACGAUGCGCGACCUGUUGCUCUACAUUCGCGCUGAUGAGGCUAAGCAUCGGGAGGUUAACCACACCUUAGGUAACCUUGAUCAAAACGAGGACCCAAAUCCAUUUGUUAGCGAAUAUAAGGACAAGGCCGCGCCACACCCAAGCAAGGGUAUUGAGCACAUCCGACCAACGGGUUGGGAACGUAAUGAGAUUAUUUGA